ACAGGAUGCAAAGCGUCUCCUUUUAUGUUCUGCUCUGUUUUGUGAUGCAGGGAUUUUCAUUGAGUAAUUGUUUAUUUGUUAAAUAGUGUUUGAGGUAUUGAGGUGACAUUUAAAGUGAUGAUACACAGCAUCUGCCCUAAGCAUCAACUUCCUUUUGCCCCCUCGAUAUCUGGGAAAAUAUUUAAAUAUAUCAGCAUGAAUUCAAUUGAGUAAAACUUUCUUUAACCCCUGCUGAACCAUUUUCCUCCAUUGUUAAAGUCACAAUGAGGAACUAUUAGACGUUAUACAUUGUAGCUCCCAGUAUUAAUCUAUACCUCGAGCACGUCCUGCGCUAUGAAUAGUAAAGUCCAGCUUACAACAUAGCGCUGCUUGCUCCUGCUCUCCUGGGUGCGAGGAGCAGUCAAGAGAAGUGCAUGUACUCCUCAUUGUUAUUUUUGAAGAGAGAUAGCCUGUGGUUUUCAGGAACAAUCAGCUCCUGCAGGUUUGAAUGCCUGGGGCACAGUAUGGAACCUGAUCUCAGACUGGCUGGCUGGAUUUUUCCAGGACGGUAAGACUUCGUCCUCCAUAACUAAAGCUGCUCUGAAUUUUUUAUGGGAGGACCACAAAAUUUGGGGGCUGCUAAAGUUUCAAACCACCGUUUUACAUCACAGCAAUUAUGCCCAGAAUUCACAGAUUCAUACCUCUCUUUAUAUUGCUAUUAAAUGAGUCAGAGGAAGCAUUGAAUAGGUUACACACUGGUCUCUGAAAACCCCAGAAGGUUGUUUAAUACUUCACGCUGUUCCUAAGGUGUCGUAGUUCUCAAAGACCUUUAUGUUCUGUAACUAUUUUAAAGAGAACAAAUCUACCAAAGACGUAUUACUUCAAUGUCAGCAUCAAAGUCUGCCAAUGAGGGAUCCUGGACCUCUGGGUCAAACUGAUUUGAAUCUUCACUUUUAAUCUGAUGGAAACGAUGAUAAAGACCAUCAACGUCUGAAUCAGACGGUCCCAGUGAAGUGCUGUGGCGUCGGCGAGGAGGACGGGAGAUCCGUGUGUGGAGGGACCACGCCAGGUCCGGCGGGGGCCCGGCCCACUGCUCCUCCUUUUGUCGCUUCACUCCCGUUUUCAUCCUUAUGCACGACGCUGACGGCGCCGGGUUGCGCUGCAGAUCUGCGGGGCCCAAAGUGCCACUUGUUUCCUAUUGUACGAUGUAAUUAACUGCGUUCUCUGGGUGUCGCUUGGCUAUUCAGUCCUCAUUAAACAGCUUGAAUGAAAACCCAUCCGCGCUCCGGCUCCCGAGAACCCCAGUCAAGUAAUAGGAGUCGAAGGCAAUGGAGCUCGAUUAUGAAGGCGGUUAUGGAGUCAUGGGAGGGGAAAUGAUCCAGCAGAAAUGUGGAUGGAUGUGCAGGUACUUCAUCCAAAGAGGAAAACGCAGCAAUAUCUGGUCAGUGAGGGGGAGCAAGUGUUUCCUAUAAGUACCGUACACUGUUCCACAGGAGCUGCAUUAGUUCAAAGCCCCUCCCAGCAUUGACUCGGUCCCCCCGUACCCACAGGAUGAGCACAAAUCCACUGUAUGGCAUCAACAAAUUUCCCAGAGUGCACUUUGGCACUUGAAGAGCGUCUGCAGCUGGAGUCACCAGGGCCCGAAGCCUCCAUCCCAGGCCCGAUGGGGCUCGCUCCUGGCUGCUGAGCCUUCCGUUUUGUGCCCGGCAGCCUGUGCUGACAGUCGAGUCCCCGUCUAUCGAUAAUCCCGGAUCCUGGUGUCGAGCUAAAGCCUAUACGUAUAUCGAGAAUCCAGGCGGAAUAAGAGGAUCAGGACUCUGUACUGCUGCUCCACGGUCACAGCGGGGAAGAUCAGCGAGUGGAGCGUUGCAGCUCGGUUUCCCCCACUGAGACUGUUCCAGCUUCAUAAGCAGCCCAUGACUAUGCUGUGGUGGGGGUGGUGAUGGGGGGGUACAAAGGAAGGAGGAGCAGGAGGAGACACCAGCGUGUGCAUAUUGAUACUGUACGCAGCCACGUUUAAGGCUGAGGGACGUCGCCGGGUCAGACCCACGGGCAUUUGUUGGGGAGCAGCGCCAUCUGGUGGUCGAGGCUGGGAACCACCGUCCGUGGGUGGGCUACGCUGCCCCUGCGUGCACGUGCGCGCGACCGCCUCCUUAACGACCUACCUGAGCCUCAGACUGAUGAGGCGGCGGCAGCGGAGCGGCAGCUUUGAAGUGACCGGCCUCUUAAAGAAGGAGUCGGCCGUGGAUGCGAGCGCUCCCUCGCCGCUGCUGUCGUCAUAUCGGCCUCGUUCCGCUUGUGAGCCGGACACCUGAGUGUUCUAACACCGUGUGAACUGACAGAGGAUCUUGGACCGGUUCUGCGGCCGAGCUCCGGGUCCAGAGUUCCAGAUGUCGCUGGCGGCGCUGAGGGGCCUCGGGGAGCAGCUGGUGCGGCUGAAGGCGGUGGACGCCGACGCGGGGGACGCCCGCCUGUCCCGGUGCUUGGGCCCGCUGGACCUGGCGGCGCUGGGCGUCGGCAGCACGCUGGGCGCUGGAGCCUACGUGCUCGCCGGCGCCGUUGCCCGGGACGACGCUGGGCCGGCCGUCCUCCUGUCCUUCUGCAUCGCCGCCCUGGCGUCCGUCCUCGCCGGCCUGUGCUACGCGGAGUUGGGCGCCCGCGUCCCCCGCACCGGAUCUGCGUACCUCUACAGCUACGUGGCGGUUGGAGAGCUGUGGGCCUUCAUCACCGGCUGGAACCUCAUCUUGUCUUAUGUUACCGGAAGCUCCAGCGUGGCCCGAGCAUGGAGCGCCGCGGUCGAUGAGAUCUUUGGAAAGAGCAUCGAGGGGUUCUGCAGGCGGCACGUGCCCCUGAACGCCCCACGAGUCCUGGCAGAAUACGCCGACCCGCUCGCCGUGCUCAUCGUCCUCGCGCUGACCGGUCUCCUGGUGUUUGGAGUGAAGCAGGCGUCCGCCGUGAAUAAAGGACUCACCUGCCUCAACGUGCUGGUGCUGCUGUUCGUUGUCGUCUGUGGCUUCGUUAAAGGAAACCUGGAAAACUGGAGACUGAACCCCGAGGAGAUCCUUAACGCCACCAGGACCUCCAGCGUCAAUACAUCGGUCCCACUUCCGUCUGACGGCGGCCUCGGCGCGGGUGGAUUCAUGCCGUUCGGCUUCUCCGGCGUCCUCUCCGGCGCCGCCACCUGUUUCUACGCCUUCGUGGGCUUCGACGUCAUCGCCGCCGCAGGAGGAGAGGCCGAGGACCCGCGGAGGGCGGUCCCCGUCGGCACCGCGGCUGCGCUCCUCCUCUGCUGCGCGGCGUACGCCGGCGUGGCCGCCGCCACCACUCUGAUGGUGCCUUAUUACGCGCUGGACAGCAGCAGGCCUCUGCCAGCGGCCUUUGAGCACGUGGGCUGGGAGGCGGCCACUCGCGCGGUGGCCGUCGGCUCCGUGAGCGCCCUGUCCACCAGCCUCCUUGGCUCCAUGUUUCCGCUUCCACGGAUUAUCUACGCUAUGGCUCGUGAUGGGCUGCUCUUCAAGUUCCUGGCACGCGUCAGCUCGAGGAGGACGCCCGUGAACGCCACGUUGGUGGCGGGCCUCAUGUCGUCGGUCGUGGCUCUCCUGUUCGACACGAAGGACCUGGUCGCCCUCAUGUCCAUCGGCACCCUGUUGGCCUAUACCAUGGUGGCUGCCUGCGUGCUGGUCCUCAGGUACCAGCCCACGCCGAGCAGCGCAGCGUCUGCGCUGACCGUGACUAUAGAGGAGACCGAAUGUGCCGCCGCCGAGCAGUCGGCUGACGGGGCGCAGCCGGAGAACGGGUUCUCCCCCAGGCAGCUGUUUGUCCCUCUGAGCGCGGAGCCGACGCCUCUGACUGGAUUUGUGGUCAAAAUGUGCACGUGUGCACUCGGCGUCUUGGUGUGCUUAUUCAGCGUCGUCGCCUCUGAAGUAGGACUGGUGCUCUGCUCGGCGUCCGCCCUCUGCUUCCUCUCCGUGCUCUGUUUGACUGUGACCGUCAUCAUGUGCCGACAGCCGCAGAGGAGGGAGAAGCUCGGCUUUCAGGUCCCUUUGCUGCCCUUCAUCCCCGUCACGAGUGUGCUCGUCAACGUUUACCUGAUGACGCAGCUCAGCAGAGGAGCCUGGGUGCGCGUCUCCAUCUGGAUGCUCUCAGGUUUCCUCAUCUAUUUCGGCUACGGCAUCCGCAACAGUUCGGCGGCACGGUCGAACAGCGCGGCUUCCUGCACGAGAGGAACGGUGGGUCCAGAGUGCAUCCCUCUGAGAGUCAGGCAGAACGCCUCAGCGGGCGAUGACCGGGUCUGGGAGGCUCACUAACCUUCCUGACCCGGGGUACCCGGCCCACCGAACACGUGCAGUAUUUGUUUGUUUUUUAAAAGUACUUAUAUUCCUUCUUAAUUGGUGUUUCUAUAAUUUCCAAAGAAAAAAAUAUGUUAAACUCAUUUAAAAAAACAGAAUUAUUCAUUUCAGAUUACUUUUAUUGAGCAAUUUUAUUUUUAUUUUCAUAAUCAGUGUUAUGAUGAAGUCGGUGUCACUAAACAGAAUGAAAACCAUGGAUGCAACCAAAAGUGAAACUAGUAUUUUAGUGUGUUUUUGUUUUUGGCUCCUUCAUAGAAUCAGAAUCACACACAUAUAUUAUAUUUUUUAUCAUAUCUUAUUUCUUUGUUUUUCUUUAGUGUUUUGAUUUUUACAUUUGUUAUUGCUCCCAGAAUAUAAAUAUUCUUGACUUUAGAAUAUGGUGGCAGGGCCUUAAUGGAUUUAUUUAAUGGGAGAAGAAUCUCCUGUGCGUUUGGCAGGUUUGUCCCUUUUCUUGCUGCAUCAGAAGCACAGUGUUGGUGUUGUUUUAAAUUGUACAUUUUUGUAUUUCUGUUCUGAAGGAGCUGCACCUUUUUUUGAUGCAUUUUGUUACAGAGGACAACAUAUUAAUGUUACCAUGAUGUUAGAAGUGAUGUGAAACACUGAUGUACAGUAUUUAUUAGUAAAAGUGUUUGGUGUUUCAGCAUGGUUGAAUGAGGAUUUACCAUUGGAAUACGUUUAAAGGUCUAAUAUAUACUAAUAUAUAAUAUACUGUACAUACGAAUACACCAAAGCUGCCUUCAUUGGGGAACGGUUCUGUUUUUACUAGAACAAGUAUAAAACUGCUGCUAUUAACAACCGGCUCUUCAAAGGUUCUAUCAGUGACCUUUAAUCACUUGAAUGUAUGGUGCUCCUUUAAUACAAGCUGCUGUAGAACUGUGUGCUCUAUGCUUUUCAUCUCAAAGCCUCAUUCAGUAACAUACUGUAGCUGUCACAGCUGUAUUCGAUGGUUGGAACUGAUGUUUGCAGAUGCAGCCUGAUGUAAAACUGAAAAUAAAAACAUGGUCAUUGUUGGAAGACAAA